CCCAAUUACCGAGUCCGAGUGUUGAAGAUUAAACGAUGAUGAUGUAGAUCAUCCCUUUCCUUCUUCUACUUUCUUCCUUCCAAUCCAAUAAUAAUCACUUAAUCAAUCUCGCUCGGCGCUGAAAGAAAGGGUUUUGAAUUGGAUAUCACUUAAUCGAUUAUAGGGUGUUUGUUUUCUCUUAUUCUUCAAUAAUAAUCGAUUAAAUUCUUUCAUUUAAUUUAAUGGCUUCCAACCCUCAACCAUCAGCAAGUAAUCCUCCACCAAAACCCUGGGAACGAGCAGGUUCUUCAUCUGGUCCCGCACCUUUUAGACCGCCAUCAGGUGGAAGCACAAGUGACGUUGUUGAGGCUUCAGGGACUGCAAAACCUGGGGAAAUUGUUACCGCCGCUGAUAGAAGUGCAGCUGUCAACAGGAAUACUCUCGCCAGGCCUGUUCCCACAAGGCCAUGGGAGCAGAAUUAUGGAACUAACAGCUAUGGAGGUGGUGCGUUAGGUGGAUAUGGUUCUACAAUGAAUUAUAAUUCUGGAUAUGGAUCUGGGAUGUAUGGAUCUUCUUAUGGUGGCGGGCUCGGAGGCGGGCUAGGAGGAGGAAUGUAUGGUGGCGGUGGGAUGUAUGGUAACAGUAUGUACAGAGGAGGAUAUGGAAGCGGCCUUUACGGGUCAUCUGGGAUGUAUGGAGGAGGUGGAAUGUAUAAUAGUGGCCUUGGGGGUCCAAUGGGUGGAAUGGGUGGGUAUGGCAUGGGAGUUGGUCCUUAUGGUGGUGAGCAAGAUCCCAAUAAUCCAUAUGGCGCCCCUCCAUCCCCGCCAGGAUUUUGGAUUUCUGUGAUGCGCGUGAUGCAAGGUGUGGUUAAUUUUUUCGGUCGGAUAUCAAUACUCAUAGACCAGAACACCCAGGCAUUCCAUUUGUUCAUGACCGCCAUGCUUCAGCUGUUUGAUCGCUCCGGCAUGUUGUAUGGGGAGCUAGCUAGAUUUGUGUUGCGGUUGCUCGGGAUCAAAACUAAGGCCAAUAAGGUUAACCCACCAGGUCCGAAUGGAUAUCCACAUCAAGGUCCGAAUGGAUAUCCACAUCAAGGACAACACAAUUCUUCUGGAAAUAUGAACUACAUUGAGGCACCAAAGGCUGCUCCAAGUGGUUCUUGGGACAAUGUAUGGGGAAAUGACACCAGUCAAUGAUUUGGUGAAUUUAGUUAGUGUGUUCAAGUACAUUAAAGAAAAGUACAUUAAAGAGAAGAGAGAAUCAUCAGCAUUUCAAAUGAAGACACUGAAGCUGCAGAAUUCAUGUAUAUCCUAAUUUUAAUUGCAGUUUUCUGUUUUUCUUUCCCUAGAUCGGUUCUUGGUUUUAGUGGAAGCGGGAUCUUCAGAAAAUAAGAUAUUAUCCCUACCUUUAUACCUUGUCAUCGUUUACUUUGAAUAUGCAGGAUGCAACUAUUUCUAAGUACAUGUAUUAUUUUUUUGUCUAGAAUGAAUGUAAACUUGCAUAACUGCAUAAGUUUUGUAGUACACCUUAAAUUGCAUUUCUUUUGAUGUACUCUUCCUUAAAUGUCAACAUUAUUCAUCAGAACCACCUUUAUAUGGUAAAUUCGAGUGUGAACCACCUGUAUAACUAA